CAUGAGAGCGCAGCGAAGCAGCGGCAGUGCUAUCGGCGACGCUGCGGCAACAGCACGUUUCUCUGGUGCCGACGAUGAUGGUUUCGUACUGACGUGUUAGUGACAGUGUUGUAAACUAUUUGUGUUUUGUUGUUCGUGUUCACGAUGUUUUCGAGAGCGCUCCUCGUAGCGCUGUGUGUCGUGUACGCGACGUCACUGACACCGCUGACACCACUGGCGCCGCUCACCGCAACUGCUGAUGAUGACUGCGCCCUCUACCUCACGGGCCCGGGCAGAUCCUCCGCGUAUGACUACAGCCUCAACUUAUUGAAAGGCAACUUUGCCUACGAUGGUCAACACACUUGCAUAACUUACGAAGCUAUCAAUCAAGCUUACCUCGAUGCCAGGAACAGAAUUCUGGUUUCACAGCCUAAGGGCGAUUGGAAAGCUGAAGACUUUGCAAGUGUUGGAGAACUUAUCCUGGACAUCUCUAUUAGCUUAGCACGAACGUAUGGUUUAACAUAUGAGGAAAUCGAAAAAGGCCUGCCGUUGAUUGACACUUCCCGCACACUGAUCCGCGAAGCUUGUCCGCCCGUUUUUUCACACGUCGAAUGCCGCGCUGGAAAAUACCGUCGACUUGAUGGACUUUGCAACAACCUGAAACAUCCCACAUGGGGUGCAACUAUGGCUCCGUUCCAAAGGUUAAUAGGCCCCCUGUUUUCUGACGGCAUCAACGCCCCCCGUAUAUCUCACACUGGACACGACCUGCCGCUGUCUCGCGUGGUGUCCCGCACGAUGCACCCCGACGACGGCUUCCACGACCACGCCGGCACUGUGAUGGUCAUCGCUUGGGGACAGUUCAUGGACCACGACUACACUUUGACUGGAACUCCGCUUGAUCCUGUUCACCGAAACGACCCUGAAGAAUGCUGUAAGCGUCCGCCUCACCUGAAGCACCCAUACUGUAACGAGAUCCGCAUUCCCGACGAUGAUUAUUUCUACCGCCUCUUUGGAGUCAAGUGCAUAGAUUUCGUCAGAGGAUUCCCUUCCCCGAGACCCGGCUGCCGUCUGGGUUCAAGAGUUCCCUUCAAUACAUUGACUGGUGCUCUCGACGGGAACACCGUCUAUGGUGUUACUGAAAAAUUCGCUAGAAAAUUACGAACUGGAUAUGGUGGUCUUCUACGUAUGAAUCCCGUAUUCAAGGAAUAUGGCCUUAAAGACUUGUUGCCUCUAAAAUUGGAUAUACCCGAUGAAGGUUGUACGAGACCUAAUAAAAAUAUGUACUGUUUUGAAGCUGGUGAAAUAAGAGUGAACGAGCAGCUAGUCCUUACAGUGAUGCACACUUUAAUGGCUCGAGAACAUAACAGAGUAGCCGAAGCUCUUGCACACGUGAACCCCCACUGGGACGAUGAAAGCUUGUUCCAAGAGGCCAGACGCAUUAAUAUCGCUGAGAUACAACACAUAACUUACAACGAAUUCCUGCCUAUAUUGCUCGGGAAAGACGUCAUGGAAAAAUUCGGCCUAGUUCUUGCGAAAGAGGGCUACUGGGAAGGUUAUGAUGAGGAAGUUAAUCCAGACGUGAUUGCAUCCUUCGCUGCCGCGGCUUACCGUUUUGGUCAUUCCCUUCUACCUACUGCUGUUGAAAGAUGGUCCAAAGCCCACAAAUUCAUUGCAUCAAAACGUUUAUCAGACCUGAUUCGAAGACCAUACGAUUUGUACAGAGCGGGUGUUCUUGAUGAAUAUGUUAUGGGACUUAUGAACCAAGUAGCACAGGCUAUGGACGACUCUAUCACACAAGAAGUUACUAAUCAUCUGUUUAAGAAAGUGGGCGCCCGUUUUGGAAUGGACCUUGUAUCGUUUAAUAUGCAAAGAGGUCGGGAAUUCGGUCUGCCAGGAUAUAUGGAGUUCAGAAAAUUCUGUGGUCUCUCUGGUGCUGACACAUUCCAGGACUUAUUUGGAUCUAUGCCCAACGAAACAAUUCGUAAAUACGAGUCGAUCUUCGAACAUCCUGUUGAUGUGGAUCUGUGGUCUGGUGGAGUGUCUGAAAGACCUUUGCCUGGAUCUAUGUUGGGACCAACUUUUGCUUGCAUCAUCGCUACCCAAUUCUCUUACUCGAGACGGGGUGACAGAUUCUGGUUCGAGCUACCUAAUCAGCCUUCAUCAUUCACUCCUGAACAGUUGGCAGAAAUAAGGAAGUCUCGCCUUGCUCGUAUUAUUUGUGAUAACACAGAUAUCAUAGAUACAGUCCAACUAUAUCCCAUGGUUCUACCUGAUCAUGAAUUAAACCCUCGGGUACCGUGUAGAAGUGGUAUCAUACCAUCGAUGGACUUUAGUAAAUGGGCUGACCCAGUACCAUUCUUGGGUGGCGCUAAGGAAUAUGUAAGUAGUUUUUCGUACAAUCCGUACCACGGCAAGAAAUAGCACCAGCACCAAACUCCACAGUAAAGUUAGACGUAGCUAGCAGAUGUAGCAAAGUAAAAGUAUUUAAAAGCUUGUCAUUAAAUUAAGUCCUUUCUUUACAAAAAGCCUUAUUGGCAAACAAAUUCAAUAUUUCAAUUAAAAAUAUUAUAUUAGAAGUAAAAAGAGUACAGAAAGGACAUAAUUAUGUACCUACAUAAUAUUUGUUAAGAUUGACAUUGACUAUGAAACAGCAACGCGCUUGAAGUAAUUACGAAAAUGACUGAACGAAAAGGAUAUUCUAAAUAUAAGCCAACCAACAUUUCUGCUGUAGCAAAAUUAAUUUAAAGCUAUUUUAUUUAUUAGUCAUUCCAACUUUAGACGUGUUAAAUUACGAAUGGCAAACAACCAAAAAUACUUUUUCAAAAAAUCCCAUUUUCGUAGUUCCAAAGUAUCUUACAUAGGAAAGGAAGACUUAAGAAUGAUAAGAUCACCCUAAUAUUCAACUUAAAAACUUGCAAAAAAAAAAGAUAAGGGUAUUCUUAUGUUAUGUUUUCGAGGCCUGGCACGUCGAUUCUCCUUCUACAAACGCUAACGUUUUGAAAACUAAAAAAAUGUAUGGGAAUGACAGGUGCGAUCGAUAACUUGGUUACGUGAGCUGUCGAUAGCAAAUAUCAUUGUCAUACAUUUUUUUAAUAUUCGAAGCGAUCGUGAUUGAAAAUAAGUGUGAUCUUAUCUUUUAAAACAGUUGGUCGUGAAGAUAGAGAACUGUGGUACAACUUUUAAAUGUAAGAAGUCACUUAUAUAAUAAAAGUAAUCUGUAGAUUACAAAAGUAUAUUAUAACACAAACAACUUGCCUUCACUGUAUUUCACUGUAUAUAAUCAUAUUUUCAUUUUCCAUGUAAGAUGUAUAAGGGUGUCAUUACUACUUUUGUAUAAAUUAAUUAGUUAAGUAUAAAUAAUAAAUAUACACCCAUAUUGAUAAACCUCGUUCAAAGUAGUUUGUUGAAGUUCAACUUCAAAUGCUAACAUGCACUUGAGACAUAUCUGCCAAAUUAUGGAAAAAACAGUAGUUGUAAACAUUGUAAAAUUAAGGGAAAAUAUCAGAAAACAACACUUUUAUCGUACGAGUAUGUGCAAUGUGCAUGGAAUAUUUAAGUAAUAAUUAUCAAGAAAAUACCUAUAUAUACAUAAAAAUCGAUCAGCUACUUCUAAAAAAAUACCUCUUUAGACCCUUAACAUUUGUUAUUAAUUAAUCAUUACUUACUUAUGCAAUUUAUAUUUUUGUAUACGACAAUGCGGGCAUUUGAUAUACGUACUAAGUGCAAUCACUCCGAUUAAGGUGUCUGCUAUAUACAUAUAUUUAUAUAACGAUCUAACUACAAUAAUAUUUAUUAUAAAAACAAAUGUUUUAAAUUUUUGGCGGUUCUAGAAACAUAAAACAAAUCCCUGUGUAAUAGGUAAGGAACCAAAAACAGAAACCUUACGUUAUAUAUUAUGUUGAUAUGUAUAUAAUAUGUAGGCCAAAUUUUACCCAAAAAAUUCAUUUUUACUAUAUAAAUUAUUUUUUAUUCGUUUUUUGCCCACAAUAUAUAGUUAACCUAAUUUUAUGGUUAGUAUAUAUUUUUAUCCCCAUUGAGUAUCUACAUAGUAUGUUCACCUUACUCGGAAUCUUUCUAUGCUGCUUGCACUAAAUAUUUUUUUUACUUUCAUAGCAACAUAACGUCUUAACAUCAGCCGUCAAAUAUUUGUACCCAGUGUGUAACAUUUGAAACAUUUAGUCAGUAGUUUUAAUAAAAAAUAUUUAGAAUAGAAAAUAUACAAAUUAAAAACCCUGUAUUCCAUAUAGUCCGUAUAAGUAAGAAAACUACAUACUAAUUGUGUAAAAUUAUACUUUAAAAUAUUGUUAUGAAUUAACGAAAAAUUGUUGCUUACCCCUGACAUUCACUCCGCGAACAAGCUUUAAGUAACUUACUGAAGUACAGUAAGUAAGUUACUUAAGAAGUUACUAAAAAAACUAGUUAAAACAUCAUCACACAUGAGAACAAGGUGACCUUUUAAAGUAACGACUAUUUAAUUAUAAAACUGGAAUAUAGAAGUCUUUACAAAUUUGAAAAUAAUGGUAAGUUUCGUCGGAUUCACACUACAGAAGAUCUGUGUAUCAGAAGAUAUGUUAGAACAUCAGAGUGCCUAGUGUGCAGUUGUCAAUGUUUUCAUACUCUGACUAUCGCGUAACCGUAAACGCGAAUUUCGAAGGAAUUGAGACAGUUGUGCAGUAGUGCCACUAUAUAGCUAUUUAAAUUCCUUAGAAAUUCGCGUUUACGGUUACGCCAUCGUCUCAUUAUAAAAACUGCCACUAGGCACACCGAAGUCUGACUGACCUCAUUAUAAUAUCCUAUCGACAGAAAAUUCUGGGUCUUAACUAAAACCUCAAAGGCUCGAUCCCCGCCCCUCGUACGCGCUCCUAACAGUCAUUUCCAACAAGGGGAACGAGAAUAUUGGUCAUUUUUUGUCAUAUCUUCUGAGAAUAGACACUCUAAUGUGGAUCCGGUAUUAGAUAGUUAUGUACAAAGUAGAGCGACGUAAGUAGUCACGCUUGCCAUAUUUUUGUAGAUCACACGUGAUGCCGAUCUUUACUUUUAGUCCAGGAUCCGGGGAACAUUUGUACAAUUAAUUAGGUACUACGAGAAUCUAAAUCUAUUGCAAGUACUCUUAAUAUUAGUUGUCAAAUUCACCGUAACUAGAUUCGUCUUGACGGAACGCCCAGCUUUACAAAAAUUGUGGUAGGACCGAAUGUACCACGUAAUUUUCAAGAACAAUAUAUUAUAGGGCGAAUCAAUAUGAAGCUAUCCAAAAGCUAUCCUCUCGAUGAGAUGACUAACAUUUUCCAUUAAUUUUUUUUUUCUCAAGAAAAAUUAAAUUGCUAUUAACAAAUAAUAAAAUCUUCCCCAGUUCCUGAACUAUUUCCAUAUAAUUUUUAUGGAACAAUUGUGUAAAUACAAACGAUUAUUUUUAUUUUGUUACUUAUUAUAGUUUUAUGAUUUAACGUGCCCUAAAAUGGGCGUUUUUAACAGCCAAUUGAAUGUAUGUCACUUUUGACAGAUAUACUUACAAACAUAAUGUGUAUAGUGAGUAAGCGUCAAAAGUAGCAUGUAACAAUAGCUGCACUGUAAUUGGUGUUAUUGGUAUCGUAAUCCAUGAUAAUUCAAAAUGUGCCGAAGAAAGAUAAGUAAGAGGUACUAUGGUAUAGUUUGUCUACUUUCAGAAGUCUGUUUGAUUUUGGGUGUCGUGGUAAGGUAUUAGGUGUAGGUGUAGUUUGACGUUCUGUUUGACAGUAGACAUAGGCGCAAUUAGCGGGUGGGCCGGGCCCACCCUAGAAUAGUCCAAUGCCCACCCUAGGAUGAUGAGCUACCAAUUUGAAAUUCCAUGAUGGACGCCGAAAUACUAAUAAUUUUACACAAAAUAUCAUUUAAAAUAUCAAAUAAUAACAAUUACGACUUAUAAUAAAGAAAAACCUAGAGUAAUAAAGAUUUUGAAAAAUAUAUUAGGACCUUUUCAUAUACCUGCCAUAGAUACAAAAAAAAAAAUUGAGCCGUUUCAGAGGUCUGCGUCUACAAAUAUUGCUAACGAAAUUUUUAUAUUGAGUGUCGACUCUGCUCAGUGAUAUGUAGGCCCACCCCAGGAAAUAAUCCUAGAUACGCCCAUGACAGUAGAUAGUGAACAUGGCGUUGGUCUAGAUAUACUGCCACAAACUUUUCUGACCCGGUGGCCAAAACUAUCCAAUGUCAAAAGUCGCAAUGGUCACCAUUUUGCAAAACAUUAUCAAAACUGAAACUAUUAUUCUACUUGACGCGAAACGGAGCGUUUGACAAAAAUAUUAGAUAUCAAUUAGUUUGACGUUUAAUACAUCAAGUAACAUUGUAACGAUCGACAAAAAGGACGACAGCGUUUCGACGUUUGGAAAAUUUGAAAAAAAUACUUGAUUUUUAAAUUAAGUUCUAUAAAACCUUAACUUUUAUUAUAAAAUAUCAAUGUAUAAUUCGGACCACAUAAUAAAUUUGAUAUGAGUGAACUACCAUAGUAGUCUGAGUACUAAAAGCGCGACAACAGUGACAUCCUCACCAGAUAAAUAUAAAACUGAACUGAAUGCAUGUUCUAUAUCGAAACAAACCUUCAGUUUGUAUACGGACCUACUUUAAACUGUAUCCAAAGCCAAACGGACUUCCGGAACAGAUUGUCUAUACAACUUGUUACAAUAUUUUUAAUUUUUAUUUAUUCUAUAGUUAGAGUAGUUUGUAGAGUAGUGUAGUUAUAGUUUAUGUAUCGCAUGGUCACGUGUUUUGUAUUGUAAAUAAAUAAAAUGAAGUUAUGUAUGAAA